AUGAAGGCGCGGACGAAGGCGCGGGCGAGGCGGCAGCGCAUCCCGGCGUUUGGGGAGUGGAACUACGCCUACGUCGGGGCCGGCGACUGGCCUGUCACCCAGUACUUCGACUCCGCCAUGCAGGCCGGACGACUCGUCGUGGCGAUACCGCCCUCCUCGCCGCCCAAGCCUGCCAACAAGGUAGUGAAGUGGAGGGAAGAAAGCGCCACACUUGAGCUGGAGGACGAGGACGAGGACGAGGACGAGAAGCAGCGGCAACAUGUGGUGGUGGGGCUGGGCGACCACGGUGGCGCGGUGAAGAAGCAGGGGAAGCAGGGGAGCCUGGUGGUGGCCCACGACCGCGUCCACGCCUCCUCGGCCUACAAGGCAUGCCGGGUAGGGGCGGCGGUGAAGGCCAUGGACCAGGACCUCUACCACAUCCCGCCGGACAUGCUCUGCCAUGAGCCCAGGAAACGGCUGACGAGGAGGAGCCUCUGGACAGGCUGCCUGGGUCUCGACUGCGUCGCCUAG